GGUCAAUACAACACUCUCUAUAAAUACUAAUGCCGAGGUUCCGUCUGUACAUUGCUCCACAAGUCGAGCUAGGGGCACUUUCGACCCCGCUCCCAAAACCAAAUAUAUUAAACUUCUGUGAAAGUACUGGAAGUACGACUGGAAAUAUGAGGGCUUUCAGCGUUGUGUUAUUAUGCAUUGGGUCGCUCUCCCUUGCAUCUUCUGCGCCUGUCCACCAAAAGAAUUCUCCCCAAAGAGUGGAAUACGAUUACGAAUAUGACAACUCAAAGUCUAAUCAGGCGAGAGACCCAGCGGAGGCCGCAAGUCACUAUGAUGCUUACAUCCAGGACGUCCAGGCCGCUGCAACUGGUGGUGGUAACAACGCAAAGAAAGGUUUCAGUCAGGGCAGCGGUUUAAGGACGAUAGCUGUCGGUUCGGCUAAUCAAGCGAAGACAGCGCUUGGCAAUCAACAAGCUGCUGCAUAUCAAGCGGCGUACGUGGCUAAGAAUACGUUGGCGCAAUCCGCGGCUCAGUCUAGUGCGACAGCACAGGCAGCGCUGGCAGGAAAGCAAGUGAUCCUCUCUGGUUUGGAGCAGCAAGUGCGUGAUGCGAAGGUGUCGCUGCAGGGCGAGGAAAUGCAGCUGCAACAGGCUAAGAGAGCGGCCCAGUCGGCGGCACAAGCUGCACAACAAGCUAUGCAUCAGGUGAACGUGAUCCAAGCUGCUCUAAACGCCGCGCAAGCGACAUCCGAAAACGCGAACGAGGCGGCUUCACAGGCGGCCGGUGAGUUGGGAGCUCAGACAGCCAUGGUGGGCGCGGCGCGACAGAGGUUGCAAACCCUGCAGGAACAACUCAAGGGCGUCAGAAUUGACUUUGAGGCCACGCAGUCGGCAGCGAGAAAGGCUCAGGCGGCGGCCCAGCAGGCGCAGGCUAAUGCAGCGGAGGCAGCAGCGAAGGCCGCAGCCGCCGGACUCGGCCAGCAUCGGGAUAACUCCCAUGAAGGUACGAGCUACGAGGAGUACCAAGCGGCCCCAGAACAAAGCCAGGAAUAUUACCAGUCGGACUUCCAAAACCAGUAACAUUAAGGGUCUAGAUGCUGAUGUUCCAAAUCCUCGGGUCGGUUCAAGGACAAUGUGAUUUUCAUAGGUCCAAUUCAACCAGUUCAAUAACUUAAAAUUAUUUAAAUUCAUUAUUAAAUUUUAUAAUUUUAAAUCGACUACAGGAGGCUUUUUGGAAUAAUCGGUAAUUUUUGUAUUUAUUGGAAUAUGAAAAAAAAAUAUCGGGUAAUUUAUAUUAAUUUCUGUUUUACACGUUUCCGUAUAACUUUUAUUGUUCUAUUUAAUUUUUAUUUUCAUUAUCAAUCGUAUAUUCUACAUAAAAUUGAAGUCGACUUCAUAUUCCAAUAUUCACAAAAUGUUAAUGUAAAUAUUUCCCUUGAUUAGAUAGGUAGAGCUAGGUUAAUAUGUGAUAGAUUUUUUUAUGUACUUUUUUUACAUCGAUUUUAAGAUAUAAGAUUUAAUAUUUAUGAUGUCAUACUUUCAUUUUUGUAUUCAUAAUGACAUUUAUGUAUUUUACAAAAAUGGAAAGUACUCAUUUGUAACAAUACUAACUCCGAAGUUAAGUGCGAUGUCCAAGAAAAAAAAUGAAAAUGGAUCAACAAUUUAUUUAAUAAAUAAUCUGUUUUCUUAAA